GUUUUCUUUGACAUGCGGAAACAUUUAGAGAAUUGAAAGUUAUCAUAGCGACAAAGCCAUGGUUCUAUCAUUAAAAAAAAAUCUGAAAAAAACAUUUCUCCCAUGAAUAUUAUGAAAGGUUUCUUAUUUAAACUUUCCAUAUACAGUUGUAGACGAAAAAGCACCGAUUAUUAAGUGAUAAUAAAAAUAAUCAGAGAUUAUAUACGCGCUUUUCUAAAAUAAACAACUUGCAACAAAACCGCGGUUAAAACCAACGCGUUCAAGCGAUUCGCGUAACUGACGUCAUCAACCCGUGUGUCAUCUUGAACCAUAUUAUAACCGCGGCACAUAACACAGAAAUUUUGGUUAUUCGCUUGGAUUUGAUUUUUGUUUUGUGACUGCUGGUUAUUUGGCUAAUGUGUUUGUGUAUUCUAACCUAACGAAAUUAUUUAUAUUGAUUUUAACCAACGGAUGUGCCAUCGUGGUGUGCUGUGUUAAAGAGCUUGUGGCUGAGGGGUUGAAGUUUUUCACCAUUAUGAGUGCUCAAAAGGAAAAAAUGGCUUCAGAAAAUUACAUGUAUGGCAAAGUUGUCCAUGGGCAUAUUAAAAGUGAGAAAGGGGAAGUUCCUGAAAACAUAAAGGUGGAAAAUUACUUUGACAGAGAGGAAUCUGGCGUCACCCAAAUCUCCCAUGUAUUUGUGGACAAUGAGUAUGGUCAACGUAUUGACCCGGGUUUUGAUAUGGAUGUUGCAAACACCGUUUCGGAUAGAAUCAGUAAUUCAUGUGAAAUAAAUUCUGAUCAUACUUUCAUGAGAUUUGAAGGGACUUGUGAGAGAGUUCUUGGAAUGCCAGAUGAAGGAAUACAGUUGGAAAAGGAUGUAGAUAAUAACAAACACCCAGUAACAGAAAGUUCUGACCAACUGGCAAUAAAAAGUGAAGAUUAUGAACAAAAUGAAAACACAGGAAUCAUUUUAAACAGUUUAUGUUAUUUUAUAACAGCAACUCAGCAUGGUUUCACAAAACCCUGGAUAAAGCGUGAAGCUGUUGAAUUGAAGUUAGAAUAUGGCGUGGCCUGUGAAAUUACAGAAAUCACUGAGGAAUGCUUGAUUAAAAAUGAGGAUGAUAUCUUGAAACACACAAAAAGAAGUUUAGAAGAUGGUUUCAUCGGGAACUGUCCUGGCUUUACUGAUGAGGUUUCUAGUAAUGUAUUUGCAUGUGCACAUUGUACAUAUGAAGCGUCGAUUAAAGAAAACUUGGUUCAGCAUAUGCUGAAACAUUCUGGGUCAGAAGAAACGUGUAUUCACUGUAAGGUGACAUUCAAAAAUAAGAUACAUUUAGAUGAUCAUGUAAUUAAGAAACAUCCUGGGUAUAUUUUAUCAGUUUCAAGUAAAGUCCAUGAAUGUGUAUAUUGCAUGUAUAAAACUACCUUGAAAGAUAACUUCGCAAAGCAUAUGUUGAACCAUCCUGAUUUUGUUGAUCAGGUUUCUAGUAAAAGUAAAUAUUGUAUGUUUAAAACCAUCUCAAAAUGGAAUAUUAAUAGACAUAUGGGAAAACAUUCAAGGAUAAAAGGUAGAGGCGUGCUUAAAAAAUGUGUUCACUGUGAUGAGUCGUUCAGACGUAAGACAACCUUAACUAAUCAUAUAAUUAAGAAACAUCCUGAGUAUAUUGCGUCAAUUCCAGGUAAAAUACAUGAAUGUAAGUACUGUGAGUUUAAAUCUGCCGUAAAAGGUCAUUUAGAUAGUCAUAUGAUUGCGCAGCAUCCAGAGGCUGAAGUUGGCUUUGAACGUAAACCGCGUCUUAAUCCGUGUGUUCACUGUGACGCAAUGUUCAUAUGUAAGAAAAGUAUAGAUGACCAUAUAAUUAAGAAACAUCCCGAGUAUACAGCAUCAGUUUCAAGGAAAAUUUAUGAAUGUGAAUAUUGCGCAUAUAAAACCACCUUUAGUGUUUCUUUUGCUAGACAUAUGGGGACGCACCCAGGGGCAAAGGGUGGCCUUGAGCAUAAAUCAUGUAUUCACUGCAACACAACAUUCUCAACUAAGGCAAGUUUAGAUGAUCAUAUAAUUAAGAAACAUCCCGAGUAUAUUGCAUCGGUUUCAAAUAAAAUACAUAAAUGUAAACAAUGUGCAUUUAAAACUACCAGAAAAACUCAUUUUGCUAAACAUAUCAAGUGUCAUGGUGGCCGCAAGCUUAAAAUCUGCGCUCAUUGCAAUGCGAAAUUUAAAUGUGACAUAUAUUUAGAUGACCAUAUAAUGAAGAAGCAUCCUGAGCAUAGUACAACGGUUUCAAGUAAAAUAUAUGAAUGUAAAUAUUGCGAAUUUAAAACGGCUUUGAAAAAUGGUUUAGCUGCACAUAUGGGAAAGCAUCCAGAGGCAGAAGAUGGUUGUCAGCUCAAAACGUGCACUGGCUGUGACGCAAUGUUCAAAAAUAAGAUAUCUUUAGACGAUCAUGUAAUUGAAAAACAUCCCGAGUAUAUUGCAUGGGUCUCAAGCAAAAUACAUGAAUGCAAAUAUUGUGUAUUUAAAACUGCCAUAAAAGGUAAUUUAGUUAGUCAUGUGAUGGGGCUACACCCAGGAGUAGAUGUCUGUGAGAGUAAACCGUGUAUUCACUGUAACGCAACAUUUAGAUGCCAGAGAAGUUUAGAUGAUCAUACAAUUAAGAGGCAUCCUGAGUAUAUUGCAUCGGUUUUAAGCAAAAUACAUGAAUGUAAAUUUUGCACGUUUAAAACGACCUUAAAGGGUAGUUUAGCUAGUCAUAUGGGCAAACAUCCCGAGGCAGUUGACUGUGAACCGAAAAAGUGUGUUCACUGUAACGCUACAUACACAACUAAGGUAAAUUUAGAUGAUCAUAUGAUUAAGAAACAUCCCGAGUAUAUUGCAACAAUUUCAACUAAAAUACAUAAAUGUAAACACUGUCUAUUUAAAACUACCAAAAAAAGUCACUUAGCUAGACAUAUGAAAAAUCAUGGGGCAGAAAGUGAAAGCGAGCCUAAAACGUGCGUUCAUUGUAAUGUGAAAUUUAAACGUACGGAAUAUUUAGAUGAUCAUAUUAUCAAAAAGCAUCCUGAGCAUACUGCAUUGGUUGCAAGUGAAAUACAUGAAUGUAAAUAUUGUGAAUUUAAAACUGCCUUAAAGAGUCAUUUCAUUAGCCAUAUGCGGAAGCAUUCAGGAGUAGAAGCUGAAUGUAAGAAAAGCUUGGAUGACCAUACAAUUAACAAACAUACUGAGGUUUCUAUACUAUAACUAUCUAAAACUGUAAUGACUCAUCGAUGUUCACGUGAACAUCACUUAACUACCAGUAGUCGGCUGUUCAUAGGCGGGGUAUCAAUGUUUAACAUGGGUGAACUAGAUUUGUCACAUGCUUAAUAAAGAGUGGUUUGAAACAUAUUGUAAGUCAAAAAUUUGGGAAUUACCUUUAUUCAUCGUCGCUUCCACUUACAUCUGACAGUAAUAAACUAUCGCUUUCCUCGUUGAAAUUGACUAUAACUGGCUCUAUGAUGGUGUCGAUGUGGUGGUCAAGCUGCCACAUUUUUGUUUCUUCCUUCACAACAUGACGGAUAGCAUUCUGCCAAGCUUCGGGCGUUACUAGCUGUAUGGAAGUCUCAAGUAAAACCUUAACGUCUGGUAAUUUGAAGGUUGUGGGAUUCCUUUUUCGCGCAACCAUUGCUGCAUGUCACUUUUUCGAGAUCCCAUAGUCGGUACACGUUCGGCUCGACGACUAUGGUAGGAAGCAUUAUCCAUGACGAUCACAGAGUUCGGCUCAACUCGCUGAAGCACCCCUUGAAACCAGCUCUCGAAGCAGCUGGCAUUCAUUUCGUCAUGGUAAUCACCUCCUUUCUUAGAGACGAAAAUCAAGUCACACUCUUCUAAAAAGCCACUAUCGCUACCAAUAUGAGUUACGAUCAAUCUUUGACCUUUCCUUGACGGUCCACGAAGACCUGUUGACAAACCUUCAAUGCUUGCUUGUCGGUUACUCACUACGUUUUUGUCUAUCCAGGUUUUUUCAACUGUGUGACCUGCAUUUACCCAUGUCUCGUGCAAAUAAUAGAUUUUUCUGCUUUGUCGCCUAUAUUCAAUCAUUUCGCGUAGGUAUUUUCGACGCCAGGCGACUAUUUCAGGUCUCUCUAUCAAUACUGACUUCCGAUUACGCGUUUCGUAACGAAAAUUAAUUUCGUGCAGGGAUUUCCUCAUUACCUCGACGCUCAUUUGGGCUAUAAUUUCAUUUUCCUUGAUCGCUGCAUGUACAGCCUUGAGGGUUGGUCUCUCAUUCCUAAAGAAGAAUGAAUGUACGGUUCGCCUUAACGCCAUUUUGCUAUCGUCAUCCAUUUUAAUGGCCGUUCGUCCCUUCAAAUUAAACUUUGGAUCAGUAGUAGCUCCAGUUUUCUUCUUUUCAUGCAUUUCACAACGCGCGAGUGCAUCUCCCUGCGACAUAGUUCUGUUCAGAUAAUUGAACACGUUGAGCACGAUUUCCUUCGCGUCCCUCUUCAGUGCUUUACGAAGCCGUCUACUUGUUCCCUGGCUUUCAGUACUUCCACUCGUGCCAUUUGUACUCUCCAUGGUUAAGUAAAUAUAACCAAAACCGUAACCACAGAAACCACAACAAUAACAAUCACACAACAAUUCUUAUAAAAACACACAAUAUGCGAUCGCUCAACGAAACACGUUCCAAUGCGUUGCCGACGCCUAUGAGUCUGCCGGUCGAGGCGCGUCUGUGAUUUCAUUGGUUCUACCGGCGGAGAACAAUCAGCCAUUAUUUCCAUCUCUGUCUGUGCUGUUGACCACCGCAAAGCCUCAGAAACGACAUAUGUCGUACGCUAUACGGCUGUACUGGAAGGAAGCCGGGAUCGAGCUCUGAUCACGUGUUGAUCACGCGUAUGAGUCAUUACAGUUUUAAAUAGUUGCAGUAUAGUGAAAUGCAUGCAUGUGCACAUUGUACAUAUAGAACUACUAUAAAAGGAAGAUUAGACCGACAUAUACUGAAAUAUGGUGGGGAAAAAGGGGCAGACUGUAAUCUUAAAAAAUGUGUUUACUGUGACGGUGCGUUCACACGUAAGGAAGCCUUAAACAAUCAUAUAAUUAACAAACAUGCCGAGUAUAUUGCAUCGAUUUCAAGUAAAAUAUACGAAUGUAAACAUUGUGUAUUUAAAAAUGUGAUUAAAAGUCGUUUAGUUAGUCAUAUGGUGAAGAUGCAUCCAGUAGCAGAAGUUGGCUGUGAACGUGAAACGUCUGCUCCACUGAAAUGCGACAAGUAAGGUAAAUAUAAAUAAUCAUAUACAGCAGACGCUCGAUAAUGUAAACUAAUUUAAUCCAAGUGUGGUUCACAUUAUCGAAAUGUUUACAUUAGCGAACGUGAUUUAUAUAAUAUUUGAUUUAUUAAAAGAAACGUUUAAUACAUACUAUUUGUAACAAAAUAAACAAAUAUUCUAACAGCGAUAAGUAUUUUUUUAAUUAGAAGAAAAAUAAUUAACAAUUUUUGUCUGCGUAAAUUUGCGCUUAGCAUUGUCUUCCAAUGCCUGCGCCCGUAAUUUACGAAGAACUAAAAUAUCCUUGUAUGAAACUUCUUUUCUUUCAGCACAAUCUAAAGCUUGGUUAAAAACUUGUAUAGCUUGCGCGUCAGUCACUACACUUCCGACUUCAAUGGGAUCGUUCUCAUCAUCCUCACUGUCCAUAUCCUCCUUAAGAGCAUCAUUCGUCUGCUUAUCUUCGUUCCAUAAAUUAAUAUCAGCAGGAGUACAAACAAUGUUGGGAUUCACUGUUUUCAAUAAAUCAACAAUAUCCAACGACACACUAAUCACAUUAUCAUUAUUGGAUCGCAAACGUUCUCUAAUUACGCUUAAGGGGACAUCGUCUUCUUCAUCAUCUUCAUUAUUGGCACAAAAGAGAUUGUUCCAACAUUUUUGAAUAGUUUGCUGGUUAAGUUCAUUCCAGGCCAUAUGUAAAUCUAAAACAGCUUCUCGUAAUGUUACUUUUUUUAAAGCCUCAGAUAAGUUUUCAGGAUUCUUUGAUAAGACAGACGAAAGUAGAAACUUCCUAUAGUAUAGUUUGAUGAGUUUUAUUAUAUUCUGGUCCAUCGGUUGAAUUAACGGUGUUACAUGACGAAAAUUGACCCAUCCCUGCACCUCAGUUGUUGCUCGGGAGGAUGACUUGGUGCAUUAUCCAAUAGUAACAACACUUUUAUUGGAAGCUUCUGUUGUUUUAGGAAACCUUUUACAUACAAAUUGAACCAACAUCUUCAAAUUAUGAAUAGAGCAUUUGUGAUAAUUGAUUGUCAUACCUGAGGGACAAAGCACCUGUGGAACCAUUUCAGGAAUAUACUGCUAGUCAUCCAAGCGGUUUUUGAACAGUCAUAAUCAACAGGGAUAUUAAAUGAGCGCGGAUUUUUUGCUUUCCCAAUUACCAGUGGCUUUAUUUUGUGUGAACCAUUAGCAUUAGUGCAGGCUAGAAACGUUAUUCGUUGUUUCUCCGGCUUUCUUCCCGGGGCAGAUUUUUCAAAUGAUGCAGCAUAGGUUUUCUCUGGUAACAUUUUCCAAUAAAGGCCACUUUCAUCUGCGUUGUAAAUUUGUUCCAUUCUUAAAUCUAGUUCGGUAAUUGUUUUCAUCAAUUUUUCUUUGAAUGGUUGCACUAAUUGUGGUUGUGCUGAUAAUUUUUCACCAGAUAUAGACAGCAGUCGAAUUCCAUAUCUUGUUUUGAAACGUUGUAGCCAGCAAUCACUAGCUACGAAAUUUUCAGUUUCUUUCAGUUUUUCAUUUAACAGUCUCGCUCUCUGUUUAAGUACUUCGCCACUAACUUGGACAUGAUUUUCCCGUUGUUUUAAAAACCACUUAUACAGGGAAUUUUCCAUUUUAGGUGCCUUCGCAUUUUUUAAAGUUUUUCUUUUUCCCGGACCUCCAAAUGUAUUGUACGUUCUUUGUAAAAUUUUAGUUUUCAUACGCUUAAUUUUACAGAUUGUUGCUUUCGAUACUCCAUAUUUUUUUGCUAACUGUGUCACUCCCGCAUCUAGUGCAACUUCGUCUAUGAUUUUCACUUUCUCACUCAACUUGAAACACUUUCUUUUAUAGGAUGUGGAUGCGAUAGUCGUAAAAUAUAUUAACGCGUGCAAUGUAUUCACUUAAGUUCAAAAAUGAAAUACAUACGUACGUAUAAACGUAUCCUAAACGAUCAUACGACUGACCGAGUUUGGCGUAUUUUAUCGCAGAGGUGAAACCCCUACACUCUACAUCAUAAAUCGGGGACUCCCCGACGCCCGACAUAAAUCAUCGAGGCUUCAGCAUUUUACCGUCGCGCUGUUUCCGUGCGCCGAGAGUUGUUUACGUUAUCGCGCGUUCCGUUUGAUCCAAUAGAACGAAGUUUGUGUUUACAUUAGCGCAAGUUUUCAUUAUCCCGUGUUUACGUUAUCGAGCGUUUGCUGUAAUCAGAAAAUAUCCCGAGUAAUGUAUUUUUCACGUUACGUGCGAAGGUAGCUCCAAAAACUGGCUCCACAAUUCUACCCGUCGCUAGAUUGCAGCGGACCGAAUAAAUGCUGUCCGCCUGCGAACCGUACGGCUACCGUAUCGCCCUCUAGCUCAGUGGUCUACGUGACCAAAUGUACGCUUUCACACUACACGGUUUCAGUCGUGCCACGAUUAAAAAUCGGGCGAUUUUUUCCCGUACGAGCGAAAUCGUGCAAUGUGAAAGGAGCGGUAUUGCAUUAACUGGUUCUGCAGAGUUUGUAGGUUCGUAUCUAAAGCUAGUCGUACACCUCAACUCAUAACAAACAGGCCUGUCGUGUAUUUUUUUUUUCGUGAAAACCUGCAUAAGUGCGUCGAUGUGCUUUUUAGGGUUUAAAGUACACAACAAGAGCUAUUAUAAUCAGUUAUCAAAAUGUUGUUGCAAACGGUCUUACACCCCAGCUCCAAAGAAAGAAGUUUGUCGGGUAUGGUGCGCGAUAUUCCCUGCAAUUUAGACCGUUUGUAACAAGAUUUUGAAAAAUGAUUAUAAUAGCUCUUGUUGGGUACUUUGAACCCUGAAAAGUACAUGGACGCACUUCUGCAGGUUUUCACGCCUUCGCCGAUUCCCGUUCUUCGUGAAAAUUUGAGUAUCGGUUCCCGGUAAUGCACUUUGCUACACCGUGGACUCGCGAAAAAAUCCUUAUUGUUCACCUCGGUAGACGUCAAAACCUGAUGGUUUACUAUUAUUAUAGAUAGGGUUUAUAAUAUUUUCAAAUAAAUGAAUGUAAAUAUAGUGUUUCAAAUUUCAAAAAAAGUCGUUUAACUAAACAUAUGAAAGGUACAGUGGAAAAAGAUGAAUGUCACAAAAAGAAACUUUUGAGGAAAGUGAAUUUAAAAGUUUGAAGACACCUAGACUCACAGAGUACCAUAGAUUCCUUAUUAUAAGAAAUUGAAAAAAGUUAAAUUAUAAAUAAAAAACAUUUUCUCAUAUACAGGGUAGCCCAAAGUGAAACCAGACCAAAAACUUUUUUUUGUAUUUCGAGAUUCUCAUGAUUUUAGACAUUUUUUUACGUGUUGGCGUCCAUGCCUGCAUUCAACUUUUUUUUUCGAGAUAUUGAGGCCAGAAAUUAGCUUUUCGUCGUAUGCGACACCCUGUAAAAUCUAAGGGUUGAUUAACAAGAAAAAUGCCUAAAAAGAGUUAGUGUUUGGCUCUGCUACUGUUUCAUAGAUGGCGCGAUGAUGUUUCAGAUCCCUUAUUUGUUCCUCUCUAAUGCCAACAUAGGCAUUAGAGAGGCACCAAAAAGGGAUGGAAUCGGUGAUAAUUAUAAAUUUAUACGAUAUCUUGAUGAGCGCGUUUAGCCAACGUACAGCGGUGCCGCGCUUUUAUGCUGAAUAUAGCCGUGGAAUAGCUUUGCUAGUUCGCAAUAUUUAAUCAUCUAUCUGACAGCCAAGUGAAAACUGCUGUCUGUCAAAACUAUAUAAUGGCUACCGAUAUUUAUCAUAAAAGCGGUUCGCUGCUGGAUUAGUUUGUAUUGGUUGAACGCCCCUAUUGAUUAGUUAUCUAUAGCUUGUCGGUAUGCCUUAUAUGUAGAUACUAUUUUUAUAUAACCUUUAAAUAACAAUAAAAC